AUGGUAGAAAUGAUAUUGCUUGGGGUUUCCUUGAGCCCAUUUACUCACAGAGUUGAGUGGGCUCUAAAGAUUAAAGGAGUUGAAUAUGAACUUAUAGUAGAAGAUCCACAAAACAAGAGCCAUCUACUUCUUCAAUCAAACCCUGUUUACAAGAAAAUUCCAGUGCUCAUUCACAAUGGCAAGCCUAUUUCAGAGUCAAUGAUCAUUCUUGAAUACAUUGACGACACAUUCGAAGGCCCUUCUAUCUUGUCUAAAGAGCCUUAUGAACGAGCUUUAGCUCAUUUCUGGGCUAAGUUCCUUGACGAGAAGUGUUUGCCAGCAAUGGAAAAAGUUUUUUUUGGGACAGAAGAGGAGUUAGUCAAAGCUAAGGAGGAAUGUAAUGAGCUGCUGAAAAUUCUUGAUAAUGAGCUCAAGGAUAAGAAGUUUUUUGUUGGAAACAAAAUUGGAUAUGCUGAUAUUGCUGCUAAUUUAAUGGCAUUUUGGAUGGGAAUUAUCGAGGAAGCCUCUGGUAUAGUUUUGGUGACAAGUGAAAAGUUUCCCAAUUAUUGUGUUUGGAGAGAAGAGUACCUUAACUGCAGCCAAGUAAAAGAUAAUCUACCUUCAAAGGAUGCUUUAUUUUCCCAUUUCCAAGCUCGCUUUCAAGCUGCAGCUGCUCCCAAAUGA